AUGAUUUAAAUCUUUAAUAAUGUUAUAAAUAAUGUGGAGAUAAUUAAAAAAUAUGGUUUAAUUAAAUUUGCCUAGCAUUUAACUGUUAAAUAGGAUUCAUAAAUUAAAAUGAUUAAUGUUUACCUAUAUGUGGUGAUGGUUUGAAACAUGGGAAUGAAGAAUGUGAUGAUAAUAAUAACAUUUUAGAUGAUGGUUGUUAUAAUUGUAGAUUUCAAUGUCCAAAAGAAUGUUUAACAUGUAAUGAAUUAACAACAUUUCCUUGUUUAAAUUUAUGUGGUGAUGGAAUAUUGAGUGGAGAAGAGGAAUGUGAUGAUGGCAAUUCAAUAUAAUUUGAUGGAUGUUAUUAAUGUAAAAUUGAAUGUUAAAAUUAAUGCACAUUAUGUAUGAGAGGAUUGUGUUAUUAAUGUUAAACAUAUGGAUGGAUAGUAGAAAUUGAUUCUAAAACUUGUAUAGAAAAUUGUGGAGAUUUAAUAACAAUAGGGAGAGAAUAAUGUGAUGAUGGAUUAGAUGAUAACUAAAAUGAUGGUUGCUAUUAAUGUAAAAGAGUUUGUAGAAAUGAUUGUUUAACUUGUAGUUCAAAUGGUUAAACUUGUCUUGAAUGUAAAAUUGUUGGAUUUAGACCAUUUAGUUAUUAUUGUCGAAAUAUAUGUGGAGAUGGUUAUUUAGCAAUUGAUCCUUUUGAUAGAAAUUCAGAAGAAUGUGAUGAUUUUAAUCUAACUAAUUUUGAUGGUUGUAGUAGUACAUGUAAAUUCUAAUGUUAAAGUAAUGUGUGCAAGACUUGUGUAAAUAAUAAAUGCAUUGAAUGUAUAGAUAAUUAUUAUCUAAAUUAAAAUCAAAAUAAAUGUAUAGAAUAAUGUAAUGAUAAUAUUAUUAUUGGAUCUGAAAUUUGUGAAGAUAUGAAUAGUCUACUUUAUGAUGGAUGUUAUAAUUGUCAAUUAUCUUGUCAAUCAAGUUGUUCUAAUUGUACUAUUAAUGGAUGUUUAUCUUGUUUUUAAGGAUAUUAAUUAGUUGGUAUUCAUUGUAAACCAAUUUGUGGAGAUAAACUUAUUGUAAUAUAAGAAGAUUGUGAUGAUGGUAAUUUAAUACCAUUUGAUGGUUGUCAUUUCUGUAAAUACUCUUGUUCUUAACAUUGUCAUACAUGUUACAAUGGCUAAUGCAUAAUGUGUUAACAUAAUUAUAUCAGAUAUAAUGGAUUAUGUGUUUAAACUAUUUAAUUUAAUUAAAUUUUCAAAAUUUAUAGCCAUAGUAUAAAUUUAGAUUAAUUUAUAUAAAAUAAACCAAGUAAUGCUUUUUAUGAAUUCUGUAAAGAAGUCAUUAAUGAUAUUUGUAUAGUAUGCUAAGAAUUUUAUUCUUUAAAUGUGAUUUCUAAUUGUUAGAGUCAAUGUGGAGAUAAUAUAAUUAGUGGCUAUGAAUAAUGUGAAGAUUCAAUUACUUAAAAUAAUAUAGUUUGUAAUGAAUGUUAAUUAGUCUGCUCUGACAAUUGUAUUUAUUGCUAAUUUGGAAUAUGUCUAUAAUGUGGAGAAGGAUAUUAUUUAAAAUUGAUUAACAAUAUAUGUGAGCCAAUAAAAUAAUGUACAGAUAUUGGAUUAUAUUAUGACAUAGAAAAUAAUUUGUGUUUUGAUAUUUGUGGAGAUGGUAUCAAAUCAAAACAAGAAUUAUGCGAUGAUGAUAAUGAUGAUCCUUAUGAUGGCUGUUACAAAUGUUAAUAUUCUUGUCUACCUAAUUGUCCAUUAUGUAUUUAAGGAUAAUGUGUUGAUGAUGGUAAUACUUGUAAUGAAGGUUACUAUUUUGAUACUUAAAAAGCAGAGUGUUAUAAUAUUUGUGGUGAUGGAAUCUUAUCAUUACCUGAUGAAGAUUGUGAUAAUGGAACACUUUUUAAUAUUCAAGAUGAUCAAUGUUAAAAUUGUAAAAUUAUAUGUGCUAAAUCUUGUUAAGUUUGUAAUUUAAAUAAUUAGUGUAUUUCAUGUAAGAAAAAUUACGAAUUGUUAGAUGGAAAAUGUUACCCUAAGGAUUUUAAUUAGCAUCUAUGUAAAAUAGAUAAUUGUGAUUAUUGUGAAGAUACUUAAUGUAUUACUUGUUCCAUUGGAUUUACUUAUCAUAUAAUUUAAAAUGAAUGUUAACCUAUUUGUGGAGAUGGAAUAAUUAUUGAUAAAGAGCAAUGUGAUGAUGGUAAUCUUAUCAAUGGAGAUGGUUGUGAUUAAAAUUGUCAACCUUCUCAGGAUAGUUAAUGUGUGAAUAAUCAAUGUGUUCCAAUUUAAUAUCCUGUACCUUUAUUAAAAUUUGAAAAAGAAAUAGAUAAUUCAUAAAUUGUUUAUUUGACUUUUGAUUAAUAAGUCAAAUUAUCAUUCAAUUAUUCUAUUCCUUUAUUCAUAAAAUCAAUUAAUACAUUUUUAGAUGAUAAAGCUAUCAAUGUUACUUUUAAUGAAAUUAGUACAUUGAAUUAAGAAUAGUUAUCUAAUCUUUAAAUCUAAAUUAUCAUAAACUUUCAAGAAAUUAGUAAUAAUCCAAUAUUUUCCAUACAAUUUUCUGACCUUAAUAUUAUCAUUAAUGAAUUUGGAAUUACAUCAAAUCAUUAGAAUGUUUCAAUACAAUUACCAUCUCCAAACUUUUUAUCUCAAAAAUAAUAAUAAUUAACAGCAUCUCUUGUUAAGUUUAGUACAUACUAAAUAUAAAUUAUAGCAGGCUUAAUCUUAGCCUCAUCUUUAAGUGGAAAAUUUGAAAUCAUUUAAAAUCAAAUUGAUUUAAUACAAUAGCUUUAUUAUUUAAAAUAUAUCAAUACUAGAAAAGGAUAAAAUUUAAUUAAAUUCUUUGGAACUUUCAAAAUUAUUUAACUUGCCAGUUUCUAUUAAUUUAUUGGAUUCAAUCCCUCCAAUGAUUUAUUUUUUAAUUUCUCCUUUUAGAAGUCAGAAUCAAUUUUUGAAGAGGAUGGACGUAAUGCAAAUUAUUUGAGUAAUUUUAUCUCAAUUUUAACAAUUUUUGUUUUUGCAUACUUUACACAUUUAUCCAUCUAACUUUUGAUCAAAUACUUUAUGAAUCACAUCAAAAGUUUGAACAUUAUAAAUUUCAAUAAAUAUUAGUUGUAUGGAUUGUUAAAAAUUACAAAAUUUUCCAUUAAAAAUUGUAGAAAUAAGUUUCACAAUUAAUUUAAAGGAUUACUUUAAUCCCUCAUUUAUGAAUAUAUUAUUUCUUCAUUCCUAUCCUUAAUCUAUUAAGAUUUUAAUUCUGCAGAAGGAAGAUUGAGUUUUAUAGCAAAUGGAAUCAUGCAGUAUCUUUUAAUUAAUUAUUUAUUAUCUUAAGAAUACUAAAAAUAGAAAUCAUAUAGUUAAUUUACUUACUCUUGUAUUUAAAAGAUGUUAUUUGGCAUUAUUUUAAUAGUGUGCUUUAAAUCUGCAAUAAUAUAAAUCUAAUUAUGCACUUUAAAUGAAUUCUUUUACUUUUAUUAUUUAUAUUAAUAAAAGAAAUAAUUAGAUAAAUUAGAAUCAUUUAAAAAAUAGUUCCUUCAUUUUAAUCUAUUUAUAAUUAAUUUAUUUUUUUUAAUAAAUGAAGUGUACCGAAAUGAUACAGAAAAGAUUUUAUAUUAUGGAUGGGUUAUAAUUGCUUUGAUGAGUUUUAUUUUAAGCAUUACUUUAUUUAUUGAUAUAUUUAAAAUAACAAGCCCAUUUAUCUUAAAAAUAAUAAGUUAUAUAAAAGCAUAGAAACCUCAAUUUAUAAAUCAUGAAAUAUUUGAUCAACCUGAGUAAUAAAGAUAAUUAUUCUGA